AUGGCUGCCCCUGCUGAAAAGACCAUUACUGACCUCAGUGGUAAAUGGGUUCUCAACAAGUCACUCUCUGAUAGCUCAGAGCCCAUCCUCGCCCUCCAGGGUAUCGGCUACCUUACUCGCAAGGGCAUUGGAAUGGCUACAAUUACAAUUGAUGUCAACCAAUACAGUGCCCCUCCUAAAGAGCCAAACACCUCUACUGACGUCUUCACUCAUAUCGACAUCACCCAGUCUGCCUCUGGCUUGACAAGCACCCAGGAGAACCGAUGUCUCGACUUUGAGCAGCGUGAACACUCUGACUGGCUAUUCGGUUCUGUCAAGGGUCGUUCCCGAUUCGUCACUCUCGACCAGGUCGAGGACGACUUUCUCAAGCAGGGCUGGCUCGUUGAGGCCGACGGCAAGUUCGUCCAGAGCAUCGCGGAGAGUGUUGACAAUGGUUGGGUUGCCAACCAGAUCUGGGGUUUCGAGGAGGUUAAGGGUGAGAGGAGAUAUGUCAGGCACGUCCUGGUAACCAAAGGUUCCCAGAGGGUCACGGCCAAGCUCAUCUACGACUACCAGGCUUAG